CGGCACGUCGACCGGAAGGCCCUGCACACCGAUCUGGAGGCCCGAAUCGACUAUCUGCACAGAUUUCUUGACUUUAACGCCGACGACGUCGCAACCCUGAUCGCCGGCGCCAAACACAUCAAGGCCCUCGCCCCGACCGUCGUCGAUCGGAUCUACAAGAGGAUCCUCCGCUACGACAUCACCGCGAAGGUCUUCCGUACCCGAGACACUGCCUCCGAUGAAGAAAUCGAGAACUGGCCGGUGCUGGAAAGCCCGCCGGUCCAGCGCCGUCGCCAGUUCCUGCGCUGGUACAUGACCAAACUGUGCUCUGACCCCUCCAAGAUGGAGUUCUGGCGGUAUCUCAACCAAGUGGGGCGAAUGCACUACGGAAAGGAGCGUCUCCACGCGCUCAAUGUCGAAUAUAUUCACAUCGGGGCCUGCCUCGGCUACAUCCAGGAUGUCCUCCUCGAGGCCGUGCUCGGCUACGACAAGCUCCCGCUGCCGUUCCGGAUAUCGCUGGUGCGGGCGCUGGGCAAGGUGCUCUGGAUCCAGAACGACCUGUUUGCGCGAUGGCGGUCCUACGACGGCGAGGAGUUCCAGGACGAGGUCGAGUCGAUC